AUCUCAAAUCCACCCGUAAAUCUCUCUCCACACACACAAUUCCACCACCAAGAACCACCAUAAUCUUCUAGUGGAGGAGGUUAAUGGCGGGAAACGAUUGGAUUAACAGUUACUUGGAGGCCAUACUUGAUGUAGGUCCUGGACUUGAUGAUGCAAAAUCAUCCUUGCUUCUUCGUGAAAGAGGUCGAUUUAGUCCUACAAGAUAUUUCGUUGAUAACGUUAUUGGAUUCGAUGAGACUGAUCUACAUCGCUCUUGGGUUAAAGCCCAAGCGACCAGGAGUCCUCAAGAGAGGAACACCAGGCUUGAGAAUAUGUGUUGGAGGAUUUGGAAUUUAGCUCGUCAGAAGAAACAGCUUGAGAAUGAGGAAGCUCAUAGAGUGGCCAAACGUCGUAUUGAGCGUGAAAAGGGUCGCAGAGAAGCGGUUGCUGAUAUGUCAGAAGACUUAUCAGAGGGGGAGAAAGGAGAUACUAUCAGUGAUGUAUCUGUUCACGGUGAAAGUAACAGAGGUCGUUUGCCCAGAAUGAGCUCCAUUGAUGCCAUGGAGGCAUGGGCUAAUCAACAGAAGGGGAAAAAACUGUACCUUGUAUUAAUAAGCCUUCACGGAUUAAUACGUGGUGAAAAUAUGGAGCUUGGUCGUGAUUCUGACACAGGUGGUCAGGUUAAGUAUGUUGUAGAACUUGCAAGAGCUUUAGCUUCAAUGCCAGGUGUCUAUCGAGUUGAUUUACUUACUAGGCAAGUAGCCUCUCCAGAAGUGGACUGGAGUUAUGGUGAACCAACAGAAAUGCUGUCCCCACAUAAUUCUGAUGGUAUGACAGACGAGAUAGGAGAGAGUAGCGGUGCUUAUAUAAUUCGUAUUCCGUUUGGUCCUAAAGAUAAAUAUAUUCCCAAAGAGCUUCUUUGGCCUCAUAUCCCUGAAUUUGUUGAUGGUGCACUUUGCCACAUAAUGCAAAUGUCCAAAGUUUUGGGUGAGCAAGUUGGUGGUGGGCACCCAGUCUGGCCUGUUGCCAUCCAUGGCCAUUAUGCGGAUGCUGGUGACUCAGCUGCUCGUCUAUCUGGUGCUCUAAAUGUACCCAUGCUUUUCACUGGUCACUCACUUGGACGAGAUAAAUUGGAACAACUUCUGAGACAAGGCAGAUUAACUAAAGAUGAAAUCAAUACUACAUACAAAAUAAUGCGCAGGAUAGAGGCUGAAGAAUCGAGCCUUGAUGCCUCUGAGGUAGUCAUAACUAGCACCCGACAGGAAAUAGAUGAGCAAUGGCGGUUGUAUGAUGGUUUUGAUCCAGUGCUAGAGAAGAAACUUCGAGCUAGGAUCAGGCGUAAUGUGAGCUGUUAUGGCAGGUUCAUGCCUCGCAUGGUGGUAAUUCCUCCGGGGAUGGAGUUCAAUCAUAUUGUUCCACAUGAUGGUGAUAUGGAUGGUGAAACAGAAGGAGCAGAAGAUCAUCAGGCUUCUCCAGACCCACCUAUUUGGACAGAGAUAAUGCGCUUCUUUACCAACCCACGCAAGCCCAUGAUACUUGCCCUUGCUAGGCCAGAUCCCAAAAAGAACCUUACAACUUUGGUUAAAGCAUUUGGGGAGUGUCGUCCAUUAAGGGAGCUUGCUAAUCUUACAUUAAUAAUGGGAAACCGAGAUAACAUUGAUGAGAUGUCGAGCACCAGUGCUUCGAUGCUUCUUUCAAUUAUUAAGAUGAUUGAUAAGUAUGAUCUUUAUGGUCAAGUGGCAUAUCCUAAACAUCAUAAGCAGCAUGAAGUUGCUGACAUCUACCGUUUAGCAGCAAAGACCAAGGGUGUUUUCAUAAAUCCAGCUUUCAUAGAGCCAUUUGGACUCACUUUGAUCGAGGCUGCUGCUCAUGGGUUACCAAUGGUUGCCACGAAAAACGGAGGCCCGGUGGAUAUACAUCGGGUGCUUGACAAUGGUUUGCUUGUUGAUCCCCAUGAUCAACAAUCAAUAGCGGAUGCUUUAUUAAAGCUUGUGGCAGAUAAGCAACUUUGGGCCAAAUGCAGGUCGAAUGGGUUGAGAAACAUCCAUCUGUUCUCAUGGACAGAGCAUUGCAAAACUUACCUCUCACGAAUAGCGAGUUCUAAACCGCGGUACCCGGGGUGGCUAAAAAAUGACGAUGAUGAUGAAAAUUCAGAAUCCGACUCACCAAGUGAUUCCUUAAGAGAUAUGCAGGAUAUAUCUCUAAAUUUGAAGUUUUCGAUGGAUGGUGAUAGAGGAAAUGUCGAUAACCCUGAAGAUCGAAAUAGUAAACUAGAAAACGCUGUUUCCUCAUAUUCAAAGGGUGUCGGGAAAGGCACACAAAGGUCAGUUUCUGGAGAAAAGCACGAACAACUUAAGUUCCCUGCAUUGAGGAGGAGGACACACAUUUUUGUGAUUGCUAUCGAUGCUGAUGACAUUGGAGGUCUUUUUGAAAAUGUUAGAAAGAUACUUGAGGCUGUAGACAAGGAGAGGAGUGAAGGUUCUAUCGGAUUUAUAUUGGCAACAUCUUUACAAAUGGCGGAAAUUCAUUCUUUUCUUGUGUCAAAGGGUGUGAAUCCUUCGGAUUUUGAUGCUUUCAUUUGCAAUAGUGGUGCCGAUCUUUACUAUUCAUCUUCGCAUUCUGAAGAUAACCCAUUUGUAUUUGACUUAUAUUACCAUUCGCAUAUUGAGUAUCGAUGGGGUGGUGAAGGACUCCGUAAGACUUUGGUGAAGUGGGCAUCUUCUAUAAUUGACAAGAAGGCUGCGAAUAAAAACGAAGAACAUGUGGUUACAGAAGAUGAAGAAAUUACAACCAACUAUUGUUAUGCUUUCAAUAUUCACAAGCCUGGACUGGUUCCUCCUGUUAAGGAGCUUCGGAAGUUAAUGAGGAUUCAUGCUCUUCGCUGUCAUGUUAUUUAUUGCCAAAAUGGCAGGAAGAUAAACGUGAUUCCAGUUUCGGCAUCUCGUUCUCAAGCCCUCAGGUACCUGUAUCUCCGGUGGGGUAUGGACUUGUCAAAGGUGGUGGUUUUUGUCGGAGAAAGUGGGGACACGGACUACGAAGGGUUUCUAGGCGGCAUUCACAUGUCGGUUAUACUGAAGGGAGUCGGCAGCAGUACAAGCAACCAACUUCAUGCAAACCGAAUCUAUCCACUUUCAGAUGUUACACCAACCGACAGCCCCAAUAUCGUUCAGACACCCGAAGAAUGUAGCAGUGCUGAUAUCCGUGCUUCCUUGGGAAAACUCGGAGUCGUGAAAGCGUAAAGAAUUACAUUAUCGCCCCUCUCAUUCGACACUUGACUCAUGGGCUUAGGUUGUUGCAUUCGGUUCUACAUCCCAGGUGAAAAGUUUUUCUUCCUUUAAUUCUGCAUUCUCAUGAAUACUAGUUUAUGAGACUAAGAAAGUACCAUAUUCUGUACAGAAGCUAUAUAAAUGAGGGUAUAUUUGU